AUCCAACCACACGUCUUGUUUCUGUACCAAAUAUUGAACUGAAUAUACAUCAUUAGUAAAAACAACACCUGUGUUACUAAUAUGAAUACUCAACUCAUUAGCAAAUUUUUCUACGAUGGUCGGCGCUUAGCAACUCUAACACGCGUUCAGGUGCCCAUCAUUAUAAGUGAGAGGUCUUCUAUCCUGGUAUUGCCGAAAUAUAGACAAAACCCACUGAGUUUUGCCCCGUUAAUGAAGAAAAGAAGGGGAAAAUAUCUAUCCCUAAUAAAAGCUGUCGGAAAGACUUGGACUUUGCCCAUUGACAUUCUUAAUUCUUCCAAUAUAUAGUUUACCAUCUUGCACUUCCUGAAUCACAUAUUUAAUUUUUUAUUUUCCCUUGAUAUUUUUUUCCUUAUAAACAAUUCCAAUGGAAUAUCCUAUUCUCAUCCCUUUCAUACUCUUCUGCUUUGCAAAAACUUGCCAUGGAGAUGGAGCUGGUGUUCUCUUCUCCACCCUUCCUAAAACUCUGCUGGUCGCUGCUUCUCCACAACAGGGACAAGUUCUUCAAGCUGGGGAGGACAGAAUCACUGUGAAAUGGAGUUUGAAUGAGAGUUUUCAAGCAACAGGGGUUGAUAAACUUUACAAGAAAGUGAAAGUGACUCUUUGUUAUGCUCCUAUUAGCCAGAUUGACCGUGGAUGGAGAAGAACCGUGGACAAUCUGAGGAAGGACAAGACCUGCCAAUUCACCAUUGAUAACAGAGCCUAUGAUGCCUCAUCUCAAAGCAAUCAGAGCUUGGAUUGGACAAUUGGGGAAAAUGUUCCUACAGCUACUUACUUUGUGAGAGUCUACGCUUAUAACUCUGCCGAUGAAGAAGUGGGUUUUGGUCAGACUACUGAUGCUAAGAAGACCAGCAAUCUGUUUGUAAUCAAAGGUGUCAGUGGACGUCAUAAUUCACUCGAGGUAGUCUCAAUUUGCUUCUCUGCUUUCUCUGUUGUGGCUUUCUUUGGUUUUUUCCUGGUGGAGAAAAGAAAAAACAGAAGCCUCUCAAAAAAUUGAGAUCUCCUUUUUUCCUAGAAAUAUGGCUUAGUGUCCGCUGAUUUACAGAUUAAGAAGUAGAGUGGAACAAAUUGGUGCGUGGAAAUUCGUGUGUGGAUGUUGUUCAUUUAGUAACUUGGUUAUCACAUAGGUCUGCUUGGAAAAAACGGGUGUGUGGAUGUUGUUUAUUUAGUAACUUAAUCAUUACUUAGUUCUGCUUGGAACAAGUAUAUGUAUAUGGCAGCUGAAAACAUUGGACAAUAAGGAGGUUUUGCUCCACCAACCAAAUAAUUAAGUAACUUUGUGGAAAAAAGCAAAAGAACAACAUCAUUAUUAUUAGUUUCUUAACAUUAUUAUUAUUAGUUU